AUGGGUGAUUCAGUUGAAACCCUCAUGGAGGGUUUGGAAAAUGAAUAUUGUCCACCCAUAGACCCUGCCCUUUUCGCGGCUCUCGCAAGCGAUCAUAACCUUCUCGACGACAAUGGAGUCCAGCAACUGCGCGACACGCUUGAUGCGCUCAAAGUCUCCGCUGUUGAACAGCAAGAUGCCCUAUUUGACCCGUCAGGAACAAGUGGUCAGGACCAGGAAGGCGGUGAUCAGGAUGAAUUCUCAUCGGAACAAGACGAAUCAAAUCCAACGCUGGCCUCUUUAACGUCCAACCUCACAAGCCUCAGGUCAGAAUUCUCCGCUGCGAGCUUAAACGAAGAGGAUAACCAGAAAAAUGUGCGCUGGGCCGAAGGAUGGAGUGCGCGUGACGCUGAGGCCUCCCCAGGCCGUAUUUCGAGAACGAUUACAGGACUGACGCUGGAGGGCAAAACGACUUACCUGUCUGAGAUGUUUCCGUCAAUUGAUAAUUACACCAUAGUUCACACUCUGAGGAAAUGCGACGGAGAUAUCGAUCGAUCGAUCGAUGUGCUGAAUCUGGCCUUCUUUGAUGAUCACAACGCAGGUGACAAAGAAAACAAAGGGUCAAUACUAAAGGGAAUCGAGGGGUUUGCUGGGGACAGUGUUACAAAAGGACGCAGGAAGGCGAAUAAUAAGCGGAACAUAAAACAGGGAUUUUUGCGACAUUCGCAAGCAUCAAUCCCAGAGCAACAUGAAAUCAAUAGGACUGAGAACAAAUGGGACAAUGGGGAAAAAGAUGUAGAAUUUAUCUGCUCACGGACCUACUUGUCACGCAAGUCUGUCACUUCAGCGUACCACGCGAAUGGAGCCUCCCUCCCAAACACAUUGCAUGCUCUUGCAUCCGCUGAGGCAGAGAAACACGCAAGGACCAUGAUGGAUGACUUAAACAUUAUCCCACAGUUAGUGGAGCUCCAACAGAAGUUUGACAAAGUCUGCCCCGAGAAACUCGCCGGAUUACUUCACCUGGCCAGGAACUGUACUUCUUCCGCGAGUGAGCUUGCAACCUUUAUGAUGACUGUCAAACCGCCCCUGCCACCCACGCAGAUAGUUCAAAUAAAACAUGCGCCUGUAGAUUUGGGUGACUCUCCAACCGAUCACAAAACGCCACCAUGGACGCAACAGCCAACACGGGACCACCUGACAAGCAGAGCGAUGGCCAACUCUCAUGCCCUCGCGGCCCACGCUGCCUUCAACAAGGCCACUGCAGCCUAUCGUCGUGGCAAAUCCGAUCACCUUAUGGGCGGUGCAGCAGGGUACUACUCCGCGAUCGGCCGAGAGCACAUGGAACAAGCAAAGAAAGAGGCUGCUGCCGCAGCAGAAGCACUCGUAGAGUCGCAGUCGAGUAGCCGGGUACUUGAUCUGCAUGGUGUCAGCACCCAACAUGCCGUCGGCAUCGCGAAGAAGAAAGUCAGGAUCUGGUGGGAUUCCCUCGGCGACACCAAGUAUGCGCCAGGGGGUUGGAGCCCGGCGCAAGAGGGCUAUCGCAUUGUCACCGGGUUAGGCCGGCAUUCUAAGAAUGGGACUGCUAGGGUUGGUCCUGCUGUUGCGAGGGCUCUGGCUGGCGAAGGAUGGAAGGUUGAGGUUGGGGAAGGGUUCUUGACGGUGACGGGGGUGGCGAGGCGAUGA